AAAUUUCCUCGCAGUCGCCGAUUUGACGUUUAGCGUAUACGUUCUGCUUGGAGCAGGGUUUUCCGCUGUAUAAUUCCGAAUGUGUUGUGAAUUGCUACCAGCAGAAAGAAAUUUCCCAGGCGGUUGUGCGGUUACAGCUCGGUUUGUUUCGGAAGGAAGCAGGAAAAACUGAACGCCGAUUGAUUUGUGCGAGGGUCGAGAAGAUUUAAAGGAUUUGGUCUCAGUGGUCUAAACGGUUGUGGGGACGCUCCCGAAAAAUGAAGCCGUGUUCUAAUACGAUAAUGUAGGGAACAGCGCAGACAGGUGCAAACGAUUAUGUGUGUAAAUAUUUUAUUUUUAGCCUGUCAGGAUAGUUAUUAAAUCAAUAAUUCCUUCUGCUUCGAGGAUACGAUGUUACUAAAACUGGGAAACCUUCCGACGGUGCGAAGCCAUUCGAGUUGAUAUACGAAGGAAACAAAAUCGAGUGAAAAUAUUGUGUGACUGAGAAGUAUUCGUUUCGAGCUUGGAAAAGCCCCUUUUCGUGAGGAGAAGACAAAUGUCAUUCGAUAGAAAUUCAGCUUCACUGAUUUGUGCCAUAGUGGUUGCCAGCGGUAUCAGUUCGUGCAUGUGUUUGUGCAUUCCGAUACACUCGCAUGGUGCUCCUGAUUUCGUGAUGUGCAUAACAAAUGUGUGAAUCGGUGAAAAAAUAGUCCAUCGAGAGAAACCAAAAACCAAAUAAACUCUAGCUCACUAAAUUGGAUUGUUUUUACAACGUAUGGAUAUGCAGCAGAACUGUCCAUGAUUGCCGCUUUCAACGUCUCAUGUAUUAGGAAGAAAAUGAUCGAUAUGCCUGUCACCCGAGUGGAUUCCACCGGUUUCCGAGCUUAUCAAUAAUUCCGGCGCAAACCAAUCACUGGGACCGAUGCCAAAAUUCACUCAUCUCUGUAUCCGGCCGUGGGAGCGCAGAAAAAAAGAAGCGACUGUAAGGUUGUAGCGAUUUAUCGCAGCGAAUAGCGCUAAAGCAGGAGAUAAUACCGAGAGUGUUGGCGGGUGAAUCAGGAUUUAGCGGCAUGAGAAAAUGGCAGCCAUAGAUUGUGGAGAAAAUACGACACGAGUGAAGUGAAGUGUGAAACAAAAAUGAUAAAAAGCGUAGAGUAAUCGGAGAAUUCGUGUCUGAGCUGUCGCGAACAGGAUUUGUGCCGUACACGGUUCAUAGAUUCUCGGGAGGAUUCACGCGGAUUCCGGAAACCCUUCGUGAGAGGUGAUUUUGCCCCCUUAAAAUUCGGAAGAAUUCCAACGCCGCGGAGAUGCAUCUACACUUCGAGAAGAGCUCCAACACAAAAUGUGACUGCUCGAUCUUGUCGCUGUCCUGGAUGGGUAAAGUGCCAGACGAUAUCCCAGAGGAGGAAGGCUGGAAGUUGAAUCGCACUAACUACUACCAGGAGGGAUGGCUGGCGACGGGAAAUGUUCGCGGCAUUGUCGGUGUUACCUUCACGACGUCACACUGCAAGAAGAAUGUAGACUACCCGCUCAGGACGAACUACAAUCUUCGGGGGCACCGGUCGGAUGUUAUCCUGGUGAAAUGGAACGAACCGUACCAGAAACUGGCCAGCUGUGACAGCUCGGGAAUCAUAUUCGUGUGGAUCAAGUACGAGGGUCGGUGGAGCGUGGAGCUGAUAAACGAUAGAAACACACCGGUUACACAUUUCUCGUGGUCUCAUGAUGGUCGUAUGGCGCUCAUUUGCUAUCAGGAUGGCUUCGUGCUGGUCGGUUCGGUGGCUGGCCAACGGUACUGGUCUUCAAUGUUAAAUCUCGAUGCGACAAUCACCUGCGGCAUAUGGACGCCCGACGAUCAGCAAGUGUACUUCGGUACCACUCAGGGUCAGAUCAUUGUGAUGGAUGUUCACGGGGCGAUGGUUUCGCAGGUGCAGCUGUGUUCGGAGGUCGGAAUCACUGCGAUGGCGUGGUCAUGCGAGAAGUUUAAAAUGGAGGAAGGUGAAGACACCGAGCCUGGCGUCACCAAUGCUUCCAAACGCUCUUUUGUACUAGCGGUUAGUUUUCAAAACGGUUAUAUCUAUUUGUUGAAGUCUUUUGAUGACGUUUCCCCGUGUCACAUACACACCGGAAUGAACGGUGCCUUGGGGUUUGUAAUGGAGUGGAGUAAUUCACGGGAACUGUUGGCGGUUGCCGGGAGCGAACUCGUGCCCGGAUUACAAAUAACUGAUGUCAACGGUGUUUCAGUAUACAAUAACAUACUGAAGUUUUACACUGAAUCGGGUAAUCUACUCUACACUGCGAGGAUACCCUGCAAUACGACUCCGGUAUCGGCGCUCACUUGGGGCCAUAACGACAAGCGAAUUUUCAUCGCUACCGGAACACAGGUCCACAUCGCGUGGGUCUCCCGCCGGGUAGCGUCUCUGCAGCUGUUCUGUCGAUUGCAGGUACAAUCUUCACUCGUCUCGGAAGCAAUGCUUCCGAAGCUACCGCUUCCAGGACGAAUCAAAGCCUUAAUAGGUAACUUAUUUGCUCAAACAAUAAGGUGUUGUGUUCCCGAUUUGAAGUCGCUGCGCGAGUUUGUGUCUCGACCUCCGAUUUGCUCGACACGAUUGCACUGUACAAUGAUACGACACGAUGACGAAGCCAACCAGAGCUCGGGCACAUGCUACACACUGUAUCUGGAAUUUCUUGGUGGCCUGGUGCCGCUUCUAAAGGGCAAACGUACGUCCAAAAUCCGACCAGAGUUUGUAAUUUUUGAUCCCCAAAUAGAUGAUGUAUCCUCGUUCUGCACGUAUUCAUCGGACUCCACGAAUACAACCACCAAAAGUUCUUCUGCGUCGAGUCACUCGACCAGUGGUACCAACGGACGAUCGGACAGCUCAGAGAGCGACGUAGACGAUGGUUGUCGAUCCCCCCGAAUGUCCAGGAAGCGAAAGGCACGCUCAAAAAAGCGACAUCCCAGCAAUAGUGAUCGAUCUCCCAAUCAGAACUCCGAUUCCACGGAAAACAAUGAAGAGCUAGCUUACCUGGAUACUCUCCCGGAGCACGUGAAGCUAGUGGAAGUGACAUCUAACAUUUGGGGCACCAAGUUCAAGAUCCAUGGCCUGGCGAAAACUCUGCCAGCCAACCUGGGCCAGGUGACCUACAAGACGUCUCUGCUGCAUCUACAACCACGCCAGAUGACGCUCGUUAUCACGGAACUACGGGACGACUUUCCACCUGGACCGGAUCCGAACUUCAAUCCCAACAUCUUCUCGGAGGACGAAGAAGAUCACGUCCAGUUGCAUGCGACUAGCAGUAGUCGCAAGCUGACGGAAACAGCACCCCCUAUUGCGCCAAUGUCCCCGAGACCCAAUCGAUUUCCUUCACGACCACGUCGUCCGACGCCUUCCUCUCUAGCAACCGCAUCAAGCUCGAGACCCUCGAUGCCUCAGCUAGGACCACAGUUGGCAAGAGCCGAAUCCUACGAAGAUGACCCAGAUGCUCCGGAGGCUGCCGAAGCUCCACGAACGGUCGCCACCCAACCACGCCACGGUAUUAGUUAUUCUAGUCUAGUUAGCCAAUGCAGUAGACCUUCGUCUGCGUCCAGUAGUCAAUCCCGGGUAGCCAUUUCACCACUCUACUGCGAGGGAUCGGUACCGACGCUUCAAUCGCCAAAGAAUGCCGUCGCACCGAGUGAUAUAAUCUUCGAUAGACCGCCAGCCGGCCAGACGACCCUGAUGAGCUAUUCCAGCAAUACCGACUACGUGAACAACAUGGUUCAAGUGAAGAACGCCCUGAUGUCUUCGGAUCAUAACCGCGUCAACAAUCAGUCCCACGUGAAUCCUGUUCCUCUGAAUCUGAACCUUAAUCUCGAACGAAUGGAGGCGAAAGCAGCCAGCGGUAGCAGUCGAGAUCAGACGCACUCCGGAGCAAGCUGCAGCAAACUUGGGACUCCUAAGAAACAAAAUCUAAAAUAUAUCGAUGAGGAAACUCCCUCAACGUCAUCGGUCACGCCAGUGGUCUCAGAAACAAGUUCCGGUGAUGCCAUAACCACAGCCUCUAACAAGACCAACACUGUGUCCUCCAUGAAACGGACACCCACGGUGAUUUCGAUGUCUCCGGUGGUGGCAAGCGGAAUACCCGAAUCCAUAACCCGCAGCUGCAGCGUAGGCUACCUAGACAACAUGGAAAUCGUCCCGAGCGAUGCCGUUCUCUCGGUGAUGCGAAAGGAAACCCCCUACAAACGGUUGGUCUUGGUCGACAAGAAACGGCAGAAGAAAUACAAGCGGAACUUCGACGAUCUUAGGAAAACCCGCCUGCAGCAAGGUUGCAAAUCGAAGAGCCUAGAUUCGUGCGACAUCCUGCAGGAUGCGCCGAACAUCAACCGCGAUCUGAUCAAUCUUUUCCGCCAGAUGCCCAAAGUGAGUGAACUAUCAGAGAAUGAGACUGAAUGCUCGUCGUCCGACCAGAUCGAGCGGAUGCGCUCCCCGGCGUGCCCGACGGCGGGCUCUUCGGGCGGGACGACUUCCAAGCGGCGACCAUCGAUGAAGUUCCCCGGGGUGAACGGAUCGUGUCAGCCAAUUUCCAAGACCCCUAUACUGAACCGCAAAGAGAAGCCGAAGAGCUGUUCGAUCUGUAAAACGAUCUCACCGACGGUGAAUUCAACCGAACUGGUGUGCGUGAAGUGCCGUAGGAAUGGUGGCGGUAGCGUUCAAAGAGCCCAAGGGGUGAAUGAGGUGGACAAGGAAAACAAUAGCGUAGACGACCAGGAGAAUCAUAUAUACGUGGAUAUUGUUAGUGCAAAGCCUCCGCAGGCUCCUCCAAAACCGAGACGGUCGAUUUUGGAGCAGUAUAUAAGUUCGGCAUUCGCCAACCAUGGGGAUUUAGUUUUGCAGGAAGGUUCCAAUUGUGGUGGUGGUGGUGCUGCCGCGGGGUGCAGCAAAAGUUUGUUCGACAAGAAAAAUAAUAAUAACAGCAGUGGGGACACGAACGGGUCUUGUAGCACACCAACGAAAUCCAAAGCGCGUAAAAAUUUCGAAAUUGUUACCAGCUUCACCGACAGUCCGUUGUUUAGUCGAAGACAUCGCUCUAUGAACCGAGGCGAUUCGGCGAAGUGUCCAAGUGAGAACAACACGCUUGUGAUGAGUCGAAAGAACGCUGAGGUCCUGGAGAGCGGUGAGACUCGAAAGAGCCGAAAGAAGGACGAAUCCCCUAGAAGACAUCGGCGGAACGACAGCUGUCCUAGUAGCAACGGGGAAAACAAUAACGGUGAGGGACCUGCACUUCAGCCGGUGGAAAUAACUCCCGUGGAACAAAAGGCGACCGUUUCGUUGCACACUCAAGCGCUCACCACCCUGGAGAACAUUAUUAGCCGACUGCGGGAUUUGGACGAAGGCCGCCUAACGCCCCCGUCAUCACCUUCCAACUCACGACUGCCACGUAGCUCGCCGGCAUCGCCUGCACCCAGCAAAAAGAGCAAACGACACCAAAGUGCUUCCCCCAUUCGGCACAUCCUGAACUCUCCGCUGUUGAAUCGUCGCCAACGAAAGAAGCAACCCACGACGGAAAGUUCGGACGACGAGAAUCAACUGCUGAAUCAAACGGAGGAAAGUAGCGGAGGCAGCACCACCAACAAACAGUAUCGGGAUUUAGAAACGUUCCAGAAGGCGCAACUGAGACAAAAGCUGAAACGAGGUAAAAUCGAACCGAAUGGAACCAGCUCAUCCCAGCCGCAAGCUCCGGUGAGGCGGGAAUUCGUGAUGCACAAUAAGGCCCCCAUGUGGAACGAAAACAGUCAGGUAUAUCAGCUGGAUUUUGGUGGACGAGUUACGCAAGAGUCUGCCAAAAAUUUCCAGAUUGAGUUCCGUGGCAAACAGGUGAUGCAAUUUGGCCGCAUCGAUGGAAACGCGUACACGCUGGAUUUCCAGUACCCCUUCUCGGCGCUGCAAGCGUUUGCGGUAGCGUUAGCAAACGUUACCCAGCGUUUGAAGUGAGCUGUUGCUGUUCGGAUGGCCACCCGCGAACUGUGUGUAAAUUAAAUCAUUAACAUAUCACGUGCAUUACAUUAUUUGUUAUUUAUAAUUCGGCGGCUUUCAGCUGCUUUAGUACGAGAUGAAACGACAUACAUAUGUUCGAAUAUUGAUCGUUGUGUGCGCAGCUUUGUGGAGGACAUUUAUUCAGUUUCACGGUCAUCAUAUGUCCACGUAUAUUAUAUUGUUUUCACGCUGUGAGCUUUGGUAAAUGGGUUGUCUUUGUGCCGAAUACGUAAAUAUGGUACAGUAAAUCGUCGCGGAGAGCAUUCGAGAUUUAAUUGUAAACAGCUUUCCACAUAUCAUUCCAUUCCGAUAGAGGUCCUCUGUGGGACCGAAUCAAAUUUUCGAGUGAUGCCACACGUUCAUUAUAAUCUGCUGGUACAUUAGUAGGAAUAAGCCAACAGAAACACUAGCAUGGCCUAUAGUCUAGCUAAAAGGAAAGAAAGAAAAUUGUAAAUACUUCAAACGCCAAAUAGGAAAAAAAAUAAUAUAUCGCCAACAAGCGAUUGAAUCUACGUGCAAUAUCUAGUUACGCAAGCUUUAUUCUCGAGAAAAAAGCUUUCCGUUUGCAUUGAAGUUAUCUUGAAGAUAUUUAUUUGAACGAAAAAAAACCUAGUCUAAUUUCGCGUUUAUUGUCGUGUAAACUGUUUCUAGUCAUUUUCGCGCUUAUUUUUCACGUCAACGUUCCUGUAGUCUAACUAAGCUUCCCCCCGUUCUCGUUCUACUUUUUUUCUUCUGUUGUUACUCGUUUGUCAAUCUGUUGAAGGUAAUAUAUUUUUGAAACUCAUAUUAUUGAGCAGUGUUAUGCUCGUCGUAACUAAUCCAGCAAGUUAAGCUUCAAUAAAAAAAACUAGUCGAUAAGAUUUUUUAGUGGAAUACCAAAGUUAUUGAACUGACGAUAGCAGCAACCGAGCAAGAAAAACAGGAAGUGGGUUAUAUCUAUGGUAUAACCGCAAGGGUGACGUAGGACUAUCGUUGAUUUAGAGAUCAUUUGUUUGAAAUUGAAUCUAAAUCCAUUCUGAAUGAAUGAAUAAAUGAAUAUUUGGGGGACUUCGAAAACGAGAGCGUUAUGUUGGAGGCACAAGGUUUUAUGCAUCCAAUAUAGGAUACGAAAAACCUUGUUCUGAAGAAUAAUCUUCAGAAGCUUUCCUGCUAACUGUACUUGAUUGACAAAUCACAAACCCAAAUGUAUUAUAUGGAUAUUUUAUGGAUAGAAAACAUUAAAAUAAACUCUUCCGCUUGAAUGUAAUUUUCAAUUCCAAGGGGAACUGGCAGAUUAUUUUCCAGUAACGAUUAGAUAUUUCCACAUUUUCCUCGAUACUGGAAGCCCACCAGUAGUUAAUACUAACUCGAUAACCACCUGUUAAUAGCACUUGAUUGAAAAAUAUUUGGUCACAGUGUUACAUGGAUAGAAAACAUUAAAAUAAACUCUUUCACAUGAAUGUAUUUUUAAAUUCCCAGAGGAUCUUGGAGAUUAUUUUCCACCAAUGAUUAGAUCUUUCCUAAACUUUCUCGAUGCUGAAUGACAUCCAAACGGAAAGAAUUCCGCGCGUGUAUGUGUCGAUCCUUCGCCGUCCAUCUCGUCCAGCACGUUAGGCAACGAUGUUGUCUUGUCGAUGUCCUCACGAAAAAUGAAUGCGUCUCACCACCAGAAUAUCGCUUAAGUAUGUUUUGUGUGUGUGAUUGACGAUGGCAAUUUGGAAGGCAAUCUAGAGGGGAAUGAACUCUCUGAGCUCGAAACUUUCGGCGACUGAGCAAUAAUCGAUUGCGUGCGCAUACAAUAUUGGAUACGGAAAUAUCCUACUGAUGGGGAAGAAUAAUCUUUAGAAGCUUUCCUGCUAAUUACACUUGGUUGAAAAAUUACAAAAUCAAAUGUUUUUGGUCGCUGUGUUAUUUGGUUAGAAACAUUAAAAUAAACUCUUUCACGUGAAUGUAUUUUUAAAUUCCCAGAGGAACUGGCAGAUUAUAUUCCAGAAAUGAUUAGAUAUUUCCGGAACUUUCUCGAUGCUGAAUGGCAUCCAAACGGAAAGAAUUCCGCGCGUGUAUGUGUGUGUAGCGAUGUCUUCCCGGGGAACCGUUUGUGGCAUCACUCUCCUCCUGAUGAAUUCCCUUCUGGCCUAAGGUGCACAAACAGGCUCUUGGUGACACCGUUCAUCCGCGCUUUCAUGAUAAACGAAGAGCUCAGCGACAACAUGCUCCAAUCGCUGUUCAAUUAGAACUGAGUGGAUUUCCGAGCGGCGCUCGCUUAUAUACCGAUUGGUGAUUUCAAUAGCCUGUUUUGAGAACAAUUUUAAGGCUAUUGAAACAAGUUUUUGGAUCAAAAAGUAACAAGUAUAGAACGCGUAGACAUUUUAUCUUUCGAAUGAAGUGUUUAUCAUACCAUUUCGUUCAGUUGUUUAGGAGCUAUUAACGCUCAAAAUCUCGGUCUCCGGCGUAACGCUUUCGGUUUCGAAACUUUGAUUUUACACCCCGGUAUAGAAAUGAAAGACGUAGUCCUACGUCAAAAAAAAGAAUUUGUUAACUGAUAAACUAAAUAUGUAUGAAAUAAUCCAUCCAAAGCUGGAACAUUUGAGCACACGCAAGCGUAACUCGCAACAAUACUACAACAAAUACUAACGUCCGUUUUAAGUGAGAGAACCCGAUAAAAAAAUACACACACGCAUACAUAACGCAGAUGAGAUCCCGAUUUUUUGUGAUAGCCAGGCGGCAGGAGGCAAAGCUUUUGUACUUGUUUUUUUAUGAAACAAAAAAAACAUUUUGAUCAUCUAAGAAGGUAUACAGACAACAAUAGUAGGAUUGAUGCUAUACGCAGAACUUAACGAAUCUAGCGGAUAUGCUAAACAGUGUACUACCAAACAGUAAGAUCGCUGGUCACAAGAUCCAAGUGAAAAUCGAUAACUGAAAUCUGUGUAUACACUCUCUGUCAAGAAAUAAAAAUUUAAUGUUCU